CCACAGCGUGAGAAAUUCCGGGCCUCUUUUAAGGCUCUUCUUUAAGUGGGAGUCUGGCCCUUUAAAUAGUCCGUGUCGGAGGCUAUUUUAAGGCUUCCGGUCAUGCGCACAGCGUAGUGCAGAGGAAUGCCUUCACCUGGACAUGAGGAACAGUUGGCAGAAAGGAACUGAAGAAGGCCAGUGAAGCUGGAGUAUAGUGGAUAAUGGGAAAAAGGUACAAGAUAAAUUUGGAGAAUAGACAGAGUCCAGGAUCUUAGAAGUCUUCGGAAGCCAGGGCAUUGUUAUUUGAGAAUGGAAGAGGAUACAGAUUUUAGAAUCAGGUUUAGUUCUCUGUGUUUCAUUACAGAUCACGUUGGAUUUCAUGGCACCAUAAAAAGCUCACCAAGUGACUUUGUUGUUAUUGAGAUUGAUGAACAGGGACAGUUAGUUAAUAAAGCCAGUGAUGAACCUAUUUACAAGGUUAAUAAAAUACUACCUGGGCCAAAUAAUUUGGCUAAAAAAACAAACUUAGAUCCUCAAAAUUUAUCCUUUGAAGAGAGAAGCAAUCAAGAAGUCAAUACUUUGGCUGGGUGCUCUGGUGAUGACCAAAAUUAUGAGCCUGGUUCAGAAAAGGAAGAUACUAUCGAAGAUGGAACUUCCAAAGGUGAAGAAGAAAACAUUGAUGUAUUAGGAUCCUUGUUAGAUGAAAAAACUAAUGAAUUACUGAAUCAGUUUGCCUGUGAUGUAAAAGAGAAGUGGAAUUCUAAAACUGAACUAAUUGGACCAUCUUCUGAAUUCUCAUUAGGCAGAAUCCUUGACAAAAACCAGAGGGCUAUUUUGCAUAGUGCUAUUAGGCAGAAAUUUCCUUUUUUAAUAACUGUAGGAAAAAACAGUGAAAUUGUUGUAAAACCAAAUCUUGAGUAUAAAGAACUCUGUCACUUGGUAUCUGAAGAAGAAGCAUUUGACUUUUUUAAAUAUUUGGAUGCAAAGAAAGAAAAUUCCAAAUUUACCUUUAAACCUAAUAUAAACAAAGAUCACCGAAAGGCUGUCCACCAUUUUAUCAACAAAAAGUUUGGAAAUCUUGUGGAAACCAAAUCUUUUCCUGAACCGAAUUAUAGUGCUGAUAAUCCAAAGGUAGUGAUAACAGUAAGAUUUCGGGAAAAGGCACACAAGCACAGGAAAAGAUCUCUUCAUGAAUGCCAGGAAAGAAAAGUUGUAUACACAGCCUUUACCCUACGAAAAGAAAAUCUGGAAAUGUUUGAAGCAGUUGGUUUUUUAGCUAUCAAACUUGGAGUGAUUCCUUCGGAUUUUAGUUAUGCAGGACUUAAAGACAAGAAAGCCAUCACUUAUCAAGCAAUGGUUGUUAGAAAAGUGACACCAGAGAGGUUGAAAAAUAUUGAAAAAGAAAUUGAAAAGAAAAGAAUGAAUGUGUUUAAUAUUCGGUCUGUAGAUGAUUCCCUUAGACUCGGUCAGCUCAAAGGAAAUCACUUUGAUAUUGUCAUCAGAAAUUUAAAAAAUCAAAUAAAUGAUUCUGCAAACCUGAGAGAGAGAAUUUUGGAGGCAGUAGAAAAUGUUAAGAAUAAAGGGUUUGUGAAUUACUAUGGACCACAGAGAUUUGGGAUGGGAAGGAAGGUUCACACAGACCAAAUUGGAUUGGCUUUGCUGAAGAGUGAAAUGGUGAAGGCUGUACAAUUAUUUCUUACACCAGAAGAAUUGGAUGAUCCUGUAAAUAGAGCAAAGAAAUAUUUUCUUCAGACUGAGGAUGCUAAAGGCACACUUUCACUGAUGCCUGAAUUCAAAGUUCGGGAGAGAGCAUUGUUGGAGUCCUUGCAUCGCUUUGGCGUGACAGAGGAGGGCUGUAUCCAGGCGUGGUUCUCUUUCCCCCAUUCCAUGCGCAUAUUCUAUGUUCAUGCAUAUAGCAGCAAAAUCUGGAAUGAGGCAGUAUCUUACAGACUUGCAACCUAUGGAUCAAGAGUGGUGGAGGGUGAUUUGGUCUGUUUGGAUGAAGAUAUUGAUGAUGAGCAUUUACCAAGUAGUAAAGUUCAUCUAGUAACUGAAGAAGAGGAAUCAGCUAAUGCAUAUGCAAUACAUCAGGUGGUUCUUCCAGUGCUUGGAUACAAUAUUCAGUACCCAAAGAACAAACUAGGGAAGUGGUACCAGGAAGUACUCAGCAGAGAUGGACUACAGACAUGUAGAUUUAAAAUACCUACUCUGAAACUGAAUGUUCCAGGAUGCUAUAGAAAGAUUUUGAAACAUCCCUGUAAUCUCUCAUACCAACUAAUAGAAGACCAUGAUAUUGAUGUCACGAAGGAAGGUUCCCACAUCGAUGAAGCAACUUUAUCUCUUUUGAUCUCUUUUGAUCUUGACGCUUCGUGUUAUGCUACCAUUUGUCUGAGGGAAAUAAUGAAGCAUGACUUUUAAAACUGAUCCCCUUAAUAUAAUCGUGUAUGUGCCACUUUUUAAAGGAAAGGGAGCUAAAGUUUCUUGGGCAUCUACCAUGUGCUAGGAGCAUUAUAACUGUUAUCUCCUUUAAUUACACAACAUCCUGAUGAAGUAGGAAUUUGAUACUAACAUUCCAGAGGACGGAUAGCUAGUAAGUGGCAGCAUCUGAGUUGAAGACUCCAAAGCCUUUGUUCUUUCUAUUAUCUAAUAUCUCGGUGACCUUUAGUCUGUGCUAUAAAAGUUAGUCUUUCUGGACUGUUAGGAGCAUAUAAUACUGCAGGAUGACAUUAAAGAAGAUAACAUUAAAGAAAAACAUUUUUGGAGUAAUGUUUAUAUCCUCAAGCUCCUUGCUUAGAAUGUAGAUGAAACUAGGUUGUAAUGAAAACAGGGUUGGAAAGAUAGAUGAAGCAUUUUGUUAAUUAUUGCCAUUCUCUCCUAUUUUUGAAAUUAUUGAUCAGAACAGUACAUUAGGAAAAUAUAAUCCCUCUAUUUAUGAUAGCUACCCCAGGGUAGUUUACCCCUUUAUGAGGUAAAUAAUCUUUGAUGAAGAUUGAAAUAAAAUUUUUCCUACAGUUUCUUUAUCUUGACAUAUAUUGACCCUCCACUUUUUUGUUAUUUUUGUUCUAUCAUCUAAAACAUAAAUUUUUAGAGUCAGGCUGAUCUGUGCUCAGACUCCAGCUCUGACACUUACUAGUGACUGAGUGUUAUUGAUUCUUUUUGAGGCUCAUUUAAGGAAUCAAGAUAGCACCAGUCUCAUAAGCAGCAAACAAUAGAAUUAUCUCCACCUUUUUACGUUGCUGGAGGAAGAAAAACAUUUUACCCAUUUUGAAAAGUCUGUAUUUGUUGGUUUAACUAUCCCACAUCACAAACUAUCCUUAUCUACUUUACAUCAGGUACAUUUGGGGGGAAAUGGGAUAUACUGAUUGGGAAAAUCUGAGCAUUCUUUUAUUGCUGGUAGCAUUACAUAAUGACUUAAAAAGCUGUCAAGAGUAUUAUAUAUUAGUAAUGUGGCACUUUUAUAUACUUAAGCCAGUCAAACCAUUUUGGGUAUAUUAGCAUAAGGAAAUAAAAUUCCAAAGAAGGAAAAAAACUGUAUGCAAUGCAAAAUUUGCUUAGUGCAGCAUUCCUAUAUAUAUAGAAAGAAAUUAGAAACAGUUUGGAAGUCCAGCAUUAGCUAACUAAAAGUAAAAUGAGAUGUAACAACUUGAUGGCAAAACAUUUAGUUAUUAAAGUUGAUGAUGAAGGUUUUAGGUAUGUGAGAAAAUGUUGCCCCACAAAACCAUGUAUAUAUAUAUUUAACCAUAUAUAUAAAACACAAAUGCAGUAUAUACACUGCAUGCAGCUUUUACACAGGAGAGGCACUUGAGCAUAGUGAUUAAAAGCUUAGAUACUGGGGACAGACUCCCCUAGUUUGAAGCUUGCCUCUGCCACUUAGAGCAGUGUGGCCUUGGACAAGUUGUUUAAGCUUUGUGUGUUUCAGUUUCAACAUCUGUAAAGCAGGGAUGGUAAUAAACCUACCUCUUAGGAUUAUUGUGAUGAUUUGCCGAGUUAAUAUAUGUAAAGCAGCUUAGAAAAGUGCCUAGCAUUUAGUGAUUGUUAAAUCAAUGUCCACAGAUGCAAGUUAGGAAGGGACCAGAAAAAAAUGAAAAUGCCAUUCUGUUAAGAUCGUAGAAUGUUUGGAAUUUUUUUAAUACUAGAAAGUUCCUCUUUUGUCUCUAUAUAUUUUAAUAAUAAACAAAUUCAGGACACAAAACUUUCAGAUUGUGGUACCAUGGAUUUUAAAAAUUACUUUUAUUGCCUUAAUAUUUAUCGAAAAUGAAAUGAUGCUAUAUUAAAUAGUAAAAAAAUUUAGAAAUGAUGUCUUAACUUUAUUUUAUAUGAUAAAUUAUAUCCUAUAAAUGUAAUCAGAAAGUGAAUUACUAAAUAAUUAAAUCCCAGUUUUCUUUUAAUCAUUGGGUAGCAAUUAGAAAAUAUGAAAUCAUUAAAAAUGUGCCAUCAUUGAUAGUAUUUUCUUUGCCUGUAGAUGGCACUAUAAUUUUAGGUAUCUUUCUAAUUUAUUAAUUUAGUACUUUGGCCCUGUGUAAAGAAAGGAUCACUAAAGUUAUUUCAGGUCACCAUAAAAUGUAUUCAGAUACUGUUCAUGUGAAAAAUUAUUUUAUAUACUAAUAAUAUUUGCCACGUUAAUUUUUUUUUUUUCAGUAAGGACUUGAAUAGACUUUGGACCAAAUGAUGAGCAGUCACCUAAGUUUUUGCAGUUUUUCUGGAGCAUUUCAGGCUUUCAGAAGAAGAAUCUUUGGAUUAGCUUUAAUUUUCAGCGUUGCAUUUGAAACUGAGCAAUAGUGCCUCAGGAUUACUAAGGUAAAACAAAUGGAGGUCUUUUUAUUAAGAUAAAAACACUUGGAUUUUUGUAAGUUGUAAUAAACUGAAGCCAUAUGCAACUUUGA